AUGAUGCGCUCAGAGAGAUCAUCAAAGGAGGAGGAGCUCAUCAAUCGGGCAAUCCGAAUGCUAGAUCGUGUCAUCUCUACCUGCGACAUGAUGAUUGCGUCGUAUGAAAAAUACAAGCCAUCAACACCACAACCACCAACGCAAGUCGAGACCCUAGCCACCAUUGAAGAGGAGGAGAUCUCGGUCCUACCCAUACCAACCCAACAGGCACCUGCUACUGCUGAGAGCACACCACCGCCGCAAGUUGAAGCUCUAGCCGAAUUGGCAAAGGACGAGGAAGAAGAUGCUGUCGGCGGAAAGCCUGCCCCGCCGUUGUCGUUGGCGUUGUUCCCUCUUGCCGCGCCGACGAGUGCCUACGAACCACCGCCUCUGCAAGUCAAAACCAUCGUUGUUGCUGAAGAGGGGAGAACCCUCUCCUACCCGCAAAACCCAGUUUUUCCUUGCCAUCAUCACGAAUAA